AUGCUUUUUACAUUAAUUGUCUGUUUGACAAUAAUUUCUUCAUUGGCGACAUUCCUACUAUUAUUUGGUGAUUCACCCAGUUUUCGAAAUACUCCAAUACAAAAACUACGAAAUAGUUUAUUAUCAAUAUCUCGAGAUAUAUUUCAAUUCUAUCACUGGUUGGAUGAGAAACUAAAUGGUCAACUAUUGAAAAUUUUAAACUGGCUAGUGCCAGUUGGAUAUGUUAUGGUCGUAACAGUAUGCUUUCAACAGUUUUUAACCCACACUUUGCCCAUGUUAUCUAGUCCGGGCCUCUUUCGACUUUUCACAAUAUAUUUCUCCAUGGUUUUAAUAUAUGCUUCAACUAUACUAGCUGCAUUCAGUGAUCCAGGGAGAAUAACAACAAUCAAUUUGAAACUGUAUCCAUAUACCCCCAAUCAAUUGAUAUUUUUCGAUGGGAAAACUUGUUCAACAUGUCACAUAGCCAAACCAGCACGCUCAAAGCAUUGUUCAGUUUGCAACCAAUGUUUUUUGUUAUAUGAUCAUCAUUGUGUAUGGAUAAAUAAUUGUGUUGGCUAUUAUAACUACAAAUGGUUCAUGUUGUUUUUGAUUUCCAACAUCAACAUGUUAGGAUACGGUGGAUGGUUAUGCUAUUGGGCAUUGACUCCUGUAUCUUGGCGGAAAAUAACAUCAACGAACAAUGCAAAUAAAGUCACUGGGAUUUUCUUGAUCUUGUGCUCCAUAUUUAUUGUGAUAACAACACUAUUCACUUUUUUGCAUUUAAGGUAUAUUUAUCUUGGUGUCACGACUAAUGAAUUGGAUAAAUGGUCUGAAAUUGACCAUUUGGUCGGAUUAGGUGUGCUUUACCAAAUAGAACCAUCAAUUGCCAAUGAAAAUUAUGUUGAACGGGCAAUCUUAGAUGGAAAUGCGGUAUACAUUAGCUUAAAAGAUGAGAGAAUUUUAAUUUAUAAUAGCAAUGUGAAAAACUUUAAACUUCAAUUGAUUCAGUCAGUAGAGGAUGACUUGGUUAAUAUUUACGAUCAUGGCUUUUGGAACAAUCUUAUAGAACGACUUAAAUGGUAA